CUGCGCGUCAGAGGAGGGUCUUCUUGCGCGCUCCCGCCGCAGCUCCUCCUCCUCCAUCACUUCUCCCGCUGACUCAGUGCCUUGAGAGCCUCCCGCCCAGCUCAACACACGCAUCCUCCGCCGAGAAGCACCAGCCAUGGCCAAAACAGCGACCGCCUACAAGGAGAAGAUGAAGGAGCUUUCUGUCCUUUCCCUCAUCUGCUCCUGCUUCUACCCCGAGACCCACAACAAGCUGCUUGGACAGUUUGAAGACAUGGAGGUGAAGCCCAUCAACAAGCGAGCUUCUGGCCAGGCCUUCGAGGUGAUCUUGAAGCCUCCUUCCCCGGUGUCGGAUGCUGUCCACAGCCUGCCGUCCCCCCCAAAGAGGGACAUCUCCCUGGAGGACAUCCAGAACAAACUGGAGGCGGCCGAGGAGCGAAGGAGGUCUCAGGAGGCCCAUGUACUGAGGGCCUUGGCGGAGAAGCGAGAGCACGAGAGGGAGGUAAUGAUGAAAGCCGUGGAGGAGAACAACAACUUCAGCAAGAUGGCAGAGGAGAAGCUCCAGAUGAAGAUGGAUCAGAUCAAGGAGAACCGUGAGGCCUACCUGGCAGCAAUCAUGGAGCGCCUGCAGGAGAAGGAGAGGCGUGCAGAGGUGGUGCGGAGGAACAAGGAACUCCGGGAAGAGCUGACAGCAUGAGCCCCGCGGUGACACCGGGAUGGACUUGGGACUCUGUCUCCAUCUCCACCUCCCGGCCCCCCUUCAUAGACGCUCCUGAGCAGGCAUCCCACGCUGGACCUCUGGGGGCUGAGGACAACACUGUCCCACUCAGCCCCCCCACCCAACCUCACUCCUCCUCCAUCAGUAUUAUCAAUUAUCAGUGGAUGCAAUCAUGGAUGACCCUUAUAUCGGAAAUUGAAUGAAUGUAAUAGAUUUAAGAGAACACAAGACAGAAAUCUGGUUUAUGGUGUGUAUAUAAUUUAUUUGAAUCUCUUUCGAAUCGAUCUGAAUCUCUCUCUCUCUCUCUCUUUCUUUCUUUCUCUCUCUCUCUCUCUCUCUCUCUCUCUCUCUCUCUCUCUCUCUCUCUCUCUCUCUCUCUCUCUCUGUCUCUCUUUAUUUACAGUAAGUAAAGUAAAGUAAAAGGAUGCUGAUGUCCGACUCUACCUGAAUGAUAUUCUUUCUCCCUGUAGUUAUAAUGUUUUUGUUUUUUUAUGUUGAGAUAUGCUGUUUACGUGUGAAAAGCCUUCAGUGUUGUGAGUUGGUCUAAGACAGACAUUUGCAAUGUUUUUUGAUGUCAUGAUGAUGAUGAUGAUGAUGAUGAUGAUGAUGAUGAUGAUGAUGAUGCUGAUGAUGAUUUAUUUCCUGUCUCUUUGUGAAGAAUGCAAAUUGUUGUUACAAACUCCCCAAGACAUCACCUGGUCUCCAUCACAGAAACACAGCCGCUCUUGUUGCACAUGCUUACAGGUAUUGUAACCAAUAAUCCUAUAUGCAUAGAUUCAAAGAGCCUCCUCUCAUGAAGGGAUCACAAUGGUCUGUAUUCUGGUUAGGAAUGUGUUACCCCAACAGAGCAGCUGUAUAUUCACUUGCCCAUUCCUGUUCACUUUGAGUUAAUGCCAAAAGAACACAAACAUGCGUAGUCAUUCCACUGAUCUACAGUACACAGUAUUUGGAGUUGCAUCAUCCUGGUACCAUAAAUGGUGUUAUGAAAAGUGAAAUGUGCUGUGGCUCCCAUCUUGAUAUUUAUAGUUUGAAACCAAAGUGUGCUUGUGUCUGUGUGUGUGUGUGCAUGCGUGCGUGUGUAUGUGAAAGAGAGGGAGGGAAAGUGGUUGCAUGCAGCCAGAUGUGUAGGGCAUCAAAGUGAAGCAUCAACAGCUUCAUCUGCUCUCUUGAGGUAAGACAGAGGAUGGAUGGAGGAUGCUUUGCCCUCAGCACAAGUUGUUUUUUUGUUUUGUUUUGUGGGGUUGCUAUCCAAACCCACGGACAACUGCCUGCAUACUCUAUUGCCUGUGUUACCCUUCAUAGCUCUCUGUGAAAAAUCUUCUCAAUAAAAGAGUGGGGUUAUGUUCA